CCCGCCAUUCCCCCCAUAAUUUGCACUGAUGUAUAUCUUAAUGCGUCUGCGUCUGUGUAGUCCUGGUAUGUCUUUGGAAUAAUUCAGGACUGAGUAUUCAUUACGAUUACUCAUUCAUUCAGCUGUUUUAAGGAAAAAACAUACGAAAAUAUUUGUCCUCGUUGCAUCAGUCGGCUGCUCGUGGAACUGCGCGAGGUUUUAUAGGACGUAUUUCGCACCUGAGUCACCUACUCUGGCCAGUCGCGUGCUGGGCCAGAGGGGAGCGCGCGAUGAUGCGCUUGCAGCACAGGUUUUGCGGGUAUAGUUGCUUAGAAACCUGUGCGGGGUGUGAGAGGCAGGGUGUGUAUUUUUCUUCCUCCUUUUUACACGUCUGCCUAUUUUUAAAGGACUAUUUAGAGAGCUUUCAUAACCUUGGGGCAUUUGAUAUAUGUAUACAGCAUAACUAAAAUGACAUGAAGUUGUACGACUGAUAAUUUUGGAGGCAUGCCGGCCGCCAGCCGCUAAGUUAGCCCCGUGUUCCCGGGCUUGGAUGAGACCCCAGAACAACCGGACAAUGUCCGCCGCCAGCCUGAGCGUCCCGGGGAUUCGUUCGCCGCUGAGGGGCGCCUUCGCGCACGGCAGCCGCUGUCACGUCGCCAGGUCCUACUGGGAACAGCAGCACGACCUCAACAACCUUUGCUUCGGGCUGGAUGCGGCGCCAGCGGAGUUCAGGCUGAAAUCGCAGCAGCGGGUCCCCGUGUCUGACGCCUACGACGGACAGUCGGCUCUCCCCUGCUCGCCGCAGAGCCCUGGUGCCCAGCGUCUCCCCCCUAAGAAGUUCCGGCCGUCCCAUCUCACCCUGACCCCCAGCCCGGAGCUCUCCUCCCUCAGCUCCCCAGAAGGCGACCAGGUGGUUCCUUCCUUCCAGCGGUUGUCUGUGUACGAGCACACCCCUCCUCUGACAUCGGGUCGCGGCACUAAGCCCCUUCCGCCGCUUCCCGGGCCGGCGGACCUCUCCUCGGACGAGGCCAUGGAUAACGAGGUGGAGUUCUUCACCAGCACGGACGAGAGCCAGCGGCUGGUGCCAGAGUCGUGCGCCAAGCCGGUGGCCUUCCGCUACGGUGCCCUGAGCCGGCGCAGUUUCAGGGGCUGCGGGCAGAUCAACUAUGCCUACUAUGAAGGGCCAAGCGGUGGGGGCGUCCCGGAGGAGGAGGCGCCAUCAUCUCCUCAAGCACCGCCUCCCGUUACCCGGCAACCAGCCACCCGCGAGGUGCCCAGGCAGCACGAGCGCCCCCAGCGGAGGCUGCGGCGCUCCCAUUCGGGGCCUGUGGGCUCCCUGAACAAGCCCGCCGGCCUGCGUCUCUCCUGCACAAACCCAAGCACCCGCGCCCAAGAUAAACCCGAGGUGCCGCCGCGGAUCCCCAUCCCGCCGCGGCCAUCCAAGGGCGCCGACCUCCGCCGCUGGUCGGCCGAGGUGCCUUCCGGGGGCUGCAGCGACGAGGACAAGCCCCCCAAAGUGCCACCCAGGGAGCCGCGAUCCUGCGGCAGUCCUCGAACUCCCAGCCCCAAGAGCCUCCCCAUAUACAUCAACGGCGUAAUGCCCGCCACCCAAAGCUUCGCCCCCAACCCCAAAUACGUGAGCCGGGCCCUGCAGAGGCAGCACAGCCUGGGCUCACAGACUCCCCGCUCUCCCUGCAUCCUACCUAUCAUGGAGAACGGCAAGAAGGCCAGCACCACGCACUACUUCCUCCUUCCCAAGCGCCCUGUCUACCUGGAUGGGGACAAGAUCGACAAGUUCUUUAAGGAGACGGACAGCGAGAGCGACAGCCCCUCGAGCCUGGACUGGGAUUGCGAGGCUCGACAGAAAGCACAUAUACACUUGGUAUAGCCUCAGACAGCCGGGGGGAGUGAAAAAGACAAAGAAUACAAACGACAGACGGUGCCUGAGGACCUAAACGUAUAAAAUACUCACAGCUGCUCUAUUACUUGCACCAUUGAGGAUCUCAUUGUCUAACUAUUUUAUUUUAUUAGAGACUAAAUGUGGUUUAAAAAAAACUUUCCACAGAACUACUUAGUUUUUUUACCCUAGUGUUCUUGAAAUUGGGGUAAGUUUUCUGUUGGUUUACACAGUGGGCUAUUUUGAUCUAAAAGUCAAACACAAGUGACAGAUGUAGUAUAUAAGUUUAUAUAAUAUCUCAGUCUAUUGCUCCGAUAUCUCAUCCGUGGCUAGUGAAAUGGACUGGAAACGGCUUUGGCUGUUCUUUUGACGACUAUUUUCUUAUUGCUAUAGAAGCUGUUUGUUUUUUUUUUUUUUGAGGUUCCACUGAUAUGGUGGAGUCACGGCACAAGCUGGACUUGUAGCUGGUGUUUGGUACGUUGCGCAUCGCAGAACAAGGCGUGGAUAGUAUUUCUUCAAGGUGCUUUGUCAGCUCUGACUCACCAUGUACUUCAGCAAGCAUGGCCACCAUGCACGCAGCACACAGAGAAGAUGGACUCCCCUAAGCACACUUGUCACUGUAACCUAAUAGCAUAGGCGGUGAUAUUAAAUAAUUCUCCAAUGAAGGAUAAAUCCCCUAAUCCCUUAAGGCAGUGUUUCCCAACCCGGUCCUCGGGGACCCCCUAGAUGGUCCACGUUUUUGCUCCCUCCCAGCCCCCUUGCCAGGCAGCCCACAUUUUUGCUCCCUCCCAGCUCCCAGGGAGGGAGCAAAAACGUGGACUGUCUGGGGCUCACUGAGGAGCGGAUUGAGAAACACCGCCUUAAGUGUUUCGUGAUGUGAAAAAUCGAGCGCGUAUUACAGUUUUGUUAGCCUUUUUUUCUGUUCGUCAGCUUCACAUUAAGGUUACUGUACGUGUAUGUUUUACCUGGUGAAUGUAUAGCGUGUGUUGGACAAAUGACAUGCAGGAGGUGGGCAGGGAGGUGGCACUCUCCUGUGUACGUGUGAUGACAGCUUGACCUGAGCAUAUUUGUGCCUGAGUGUGUGCAUGUGUGUGUGUGGGGGGGGGAGUGGAUUUUGUGUUACUCAGCCUGGUGGAUGCUGCUGUCCAUCUGUCCCCUGCCAGCUGCACUGUGGAUGUUUGUUUCAAAGGCAGAUGUUCUGUGACCGAGGAUUUCAGAACCAUGCAAUAACAGAGAAUCUGUCAGACCUCUAUUAAAGAACAUGAAGGAGUUUUUUUUUUUUUCUUCCAAUUCCUGCCUCUGCUGUUUUAUUUUAAUUAUGCACAAUAAUAUUCUGAAUGUGAAUGUAUUAUAAUACUUUUCCAAAAUAUAUAUUUUUCAGUAAAUUGUUAGCAGAUGGUGAAUUUGUUAAAUAUUUCUGGUAAAAAUUAAAGUAACUUUUCCUUUACUUACAGAUGUAUGUUACAGUGCUACUUUUCACAGAUUUACACAGUGCAUUCGAUGACAUUUUAAAUGGAUUCACACUUAUUAAAUUUAACACUUAAUCUGAUUGCAUAUCUCCCCUUUUGACGGAAAAACCAUUAGUCGCCUAUCAAAGCUUCACAACAUGAAAGUUAUUGCCAAAGCCAGUUUCAAAUCACACCUAUAAUUUCUUCAUUCAUCCAGUUUUAACGACUACUUUAGUAGUCCAGGCCAUAGUGCUGGAUGUCGUUUGGAAGAGAAGCCGAUCCGAUGUUCAAAUACAGCCGUGAUGUUCACCCUAAACAGCUGCCUGACUUAAUGAACCAGGUGACUCAGUUCCUGCAGAAACAGGUUGUUCUGGGCAAUGUACAACACAGCACGUAGUGUGGCAAACUGGGUUUGGGAUCCCUUCCAUUGCAUUACACGGGCUUGGCUGAGGCCGGUAGUACCAGUUCAAUAAUGACUGCAGAGGGUGUGGUCCCACAAAUUCUAGAUGAUGGUACACCGGAAGCUGAAUGUAAUUGGGAAGGAAACAAAAUACAUGAAAAUUAUGGUAAAUAAAUUGACACGUAACAUUCAAUAAACAGAAAGGUUGCGUUUUCCUGGAAUUUGUGAAAAUAGAAAAACGACACAAAGCUAGAUUUGCCUGAAAGCAAUAAAUACUGACGGAGGCGCAUCCAUUCUGAAAUCUCUCUCAUUCUUCUUGCCUCUCCACGAAAACCAAUGCUACUGAGUCAACCGCAUGUCAGUGCUUCUUGGACCAAUCCUGUAAAUCUCCAUUUUUCUCAGUGUUAGAUUACACGCAUGCCUGAUCCGCCUUAACUUUCAUAAACCAGCCCUAGGAUUGGCUCUCCUGUCCGUCUGACAUGGUGCGUUGUGCCAGGAGUGGCUAAUGAACGGCAUGAUUGUCACAUACUUUGAAGGUUAGAAAUGGGAGAGAUUACAUCAGUACUUCCUUUGAGAGGGAUGGACGGAUUUUACUGACCUUUUGUUUUGUCGAGCACACCUUUAAACGUCUUAAGCAAGAACACCCAGGCCUGUCCUAGUUUCUGAUUCAUUGUGUGUCCUGACAAAUGACAGCCGUCAGUACAAUUUUUAAAUGGUUAAAUCAAGCUCCUCCUGUUGUAUCUGAGAUACACUAUUUUGUUUUUUUAUUUAUUUGAUUGCUAAGUCCAUGGAAACAUUUACAAACAAGCAUUGCUAUUGACUUUAAUAAUGUCUGCAUCAUCUUACACAGCUGGUUAGGUUAAUGUUUACAUGCUAACUAUGUUAAAAAUGUGAUAUCGUCAAAGCUUCUUAAUGUACGUCAAAAUCUUAAAAACACCAAAUAAAUGCACUGUUAAAUCCAAGAUUAACUGGUGUUAUCUGCUGUUGUAAAAACACAUACACUAUUACAAUAUGCUGUGAUGUGUCAAACUCCCAUGUGUGAUACUCUGUAAUGUAUUAAACGAACAAAUAAACUAGUUAAUUUAUUCA